AUGCAGAGAGUUAUUGAGGAUUUGGCAGACAGAAUGGAUAGACAAGAGAGAAUUCAACAGCAUAAUAUUGCACCUGCUCAGACACAACCACAUUCUCGGGCACCUGCACAGACUCAGACUUUUGGGAACAACGAGGUAUCCUUGCAAGAUUUCCUGAAGUUGAAAUCACCAAAAUUCACAGGUUCUGAGAAUUCAACAGAUCCUCAAGGGUUCUUGGAUGGCUCACUUAAGGCACUACGCGCUCUCGGAUGUUCCAGUGAGGGAGCUGUGGAGCUUGCAGCAUACAAACUAGAGGACAUGGCCUAUACCUGGUAUGAAACUUUGUUGCUAGGGAGACCUGCAGGAGCAGCACCACUGACAUGGGACGAGUUCACUAAGUUGUUCAUGGAUAAUUUUCUUCCUGACAGUCUGAGACAGAAAUAUGCUAACGAGUUUGAGAGACUGGUUCAGACUCCAGAUAUGGAUGUAUCGACGUAUAAUACCAAGUUUUUAGUCCCACAGAUAAAGACGUUGACCUACUCAGAGGCAGUUGAUCUUGCUAGAAAGAUUGAAAACAAGGGACGUGAGGAACGUGCAACCAACGAUUUACGUAAGAAGGCCAGGACAGGGGGAUCUUUUAGUGGCAGCUUUAGUGAAAAUCGCAGAGCAGGGAAUCAGGGACAGCAGCAACAGGGUUCUCAGACAGAUUCAGUUUCACAGUCUGCAUAUAGACCACAUCAUAGACAGGGUACCAAGGGGCCAUCAUCAUCAUCUUCUGGAUAUCGUAGUUCUGGACAGAUGUAUGCCACUACUCCAUCCUGCCAAACCUGUGGCAGACCACAUUUGGGCCAGUGUCGCGUUUUGACUGGAGGGUGUUAUCGGUGCGGCCAGUUGGGACACCACAUGAGGGACUGCCCUCAGCCUCCGAGGAAUUCCGGCCAGGCUUCCGUUCAGUUAGCUGCACCUACUCAGGCUACUCGUAGUAAUUCAGGUACCGCUGGUACAGGAAACAAAGGUCGAGGUGCUGGAGAUCGUACUACUGGGAAUCAUGUACACGGUAAUGUUGGUAGAGGACAGGCGAGAGUUUUUGCACUUGCUAGACAGGAUGUUCAAGCCUUGAAUGCAGUGGUUACAGGUAUUCUUUCGGUUUGUUCAUUUGAUGCACUUGCAUUGAUUGAUCCGGGAUCUACCCAUUCCUAUGUGUCCCCGUACUUUGCUUUAAGGUUUGACAGACAGCCAGACAUGUUAAAUGAUCCUUUUCUUGUUGUUACUCCUGUGGGAGCUUCUCUAUUAGUUGAAUAUGUGUAUCAUGCUUGUCAAAUUUGA